AUGUCACAUUCCAGCCGCUCACCACGACUCGGUACAUCCUCUUCACCUAAACUAUCCGGACGUCGCUUAUCAUCAUCCAAUCUCAAUACUCCCUCUGCAUCUGCUUCGAGAGAACCCUCUCCAUCAAGGAGACAAUCAGCUUUCGACCUCGGUCUGCCCGUAGCUACAAAUUCAAACUCUCAAAACCAGAAUUCAAGUUCAGGCGAGACGAUAGGAAGAGGAUUUACGUUACUGAAAAAUUCAAUUAGGAUGUCGACCAAACGUGGAAAUAGAUAUGUACUUGGUGCGGCGCUGGUUCUGUCGAUAUUUGGAUUUUGGCAUAUAUCGCAGAUUUCACAUGGAGUUGGAAGUACGAGUUCUCAAGCUGGAGGAGGGAGUGGAUGGAAUGGUUUGGGGUUGUGGCCUUCUGGUGCUCAGUGGGGUACAGGAUCAACACACUCGGGCAACGUCGAUUCUAGUUCGUUCGUAAAUUUAGAUUCUCCAAAUAUACCAGAGACCGAAUUUGUCAGAGGUGUAGCUGGAUUUAGCUACUUCAAAAACCUCUACCUAGCGAAUGGUACCUUCCUAGCUAUAACAUCUGAUCCAUCCCAUAUACCAGAAGUAUCCCAUAUAAUGUCUGCUCAUCCAACGGACGAUAACAAAUAUCCUCCGGCCGGUACGGAUCGAUGGAGGGUCUUAGAGCUGGGGAAAGACGAUCUGUCGGCUCUGGGUGGAGUGGCUGUUAGGAAGGAUGGUGUUUCUAUGUUCUUCAAUGAUGAAAAAGGAUUGAAAUCCGUCUCUUUCCUAAAGCAUUAUUUCCAUUUCAUCGGAGAAGUCUUCUUGGGCGCUUGGAGAGUAUUGACCACUGCUGGAGAGAUGGAAUUACCUAGGCGGUUGAUGUACAGAACAUCACCGGAUGAUUGGCGUGAUCGAGCAGCCCUUACACCAUGGUUCCAGCAAUCUGUCAUGCCCAACACAGCCAUAGAGGAAUCGCCCAUAUGGGAAGAUAGAGCUAAAUCAGGGAUGGCCUUUAUCUUCGACAAGAUCACCAUAACUGAUAGAUGGGCAGCUCAUCAGAAAGGUAUCGAUCCCUGGCGAUUCAACAAGAUGACUGCCGACCUUCUUUAUCUGGAUUCCCCCUUCAACUGGAUGGACCCACUCCGUCUAUCGAUGAAACGACUCGUACAAACCAAAGGCACUUGCUCGGUCUACAGGAAAAACAAGAACGUCCCUAUCGUGCUGUACAUCAACAGACAGUUGACCGGCAGGCGGUUGAUUGCUGAAGAUGCGGAGGUGUUGGAAAGGGAGAUGGAGAAUUUAGAUAAAGAAGGUGUGAUUGAAUGGGUUAAUGCGCAGAUGGAGACCCUAAGUCGAGUUGAUCAGUUCUGCUUGGCAUUGAAAGCUGAUGUCAUUAUGGGAGUACACGGAAAUGGAUUAUCGCACGCUUUAUGGAUGAAACCAGGAAGUGCCGUUUUAGAGUUCAUGUUCCCAGGUGGAUUCGCAAGAGAUUACGCCACUGUCGCUGAACUGAUGCGACACGAUUACUACGCUAUCCACAACGAUACGGUCUUCACCAAAGAUAAAUGGUUGAAAGAAGAUGGAUGGGGUGUAGGAGCUAUACAAGGUUUCCACAGUACUUCGAUUCCUCUCAACGGGAAAUGGAUAGCAAGUCUGAUAAGGAAGAUAGCACAGGAUAAAAAAGGGAUGGUUGAACCUUAG